UUGUGUUGAAUUUAGUCAUUCACAAAUCAACCUUCAACUAGUUUAGUUCGAAAAUUUUAUUUCCAAAUCCUUUUGGGUUCUUCAUAUUAUUCUUUAUUUAUUUAUUUAUUUUGGUACGAAAAAAAAAUUUACGAAAAUGGAACAAAAUUUAAUACAGGUUUCGCCAGCGGAUUCUUUAAUCUUUUCAAGUCAGAUAACAACGCCAAUUCUGGUAGUAACUAAUACGGUGAAUAAGCCAGUGACUUUUAAGUUACAAAGUACUGUGUUUGAUAAAUUCAAAAUUAGUCCUCGUCGCGGCAUUCUCAAUCCUUAUGAACGCAUUGAGGUGCGCGUAUCCUUAAUACGUCAAUCGAGCAUUAUAUCGAAAAAGGGUCGUGAUCGUAUUCUGGUAUUGUGUAUGCUGACUCCCAGUAGUGCCAUGGAGGUUGAGACAACUUCAUGUUUUUGGCGUCACAAUAUUUGCUACAAUCCAAGCGUGGAGAAGCAUCAAAUUUAUUGCCGUCAAAUGGUUGAGACUGAAGAUGAGCCACACGAGUCUGGUUUGGCCAUCAAACAACAAGGAUCGCAAUGAUGCUACAGAUGAUGACGAUGUUGACGAUGUGUUGUAGAUGUUGCAUGGAUGGAAAUGGAUAUACAUAUGCCUGGAUGAAUUGAUUUCUGUUUUUCGACCGACUCUCUAAAUACGAGAACAACGCAGAUUGUAGCAGGAGAGAGAAGCAGAAAGAGAGAUAGGCGACGACGACUAAGUAAUUGGUAGAUGUGGGUUUCGUGUCCUUGUCAUCUACCUUAAUGGCUCAACACAUUGUUGAUGAGCCUUCAUUAAAAACUGAGAGCCCUAAAGGGGCCUAGCCUUACAGUA